UAGGGACAAGAGAGACUCCGUCGGCACUAUCUCCCAUGACUCUCCAGUCGCUGUCACAGACAGACACCAAACCAAUGCGUUGGCUGAUCUAAGUGCAAUGCCUCACACUGAUGUUGGAUGUAGCAGUACGAGUUCGGAGCUUGUCAGAUCCUUCAAAUCAUUUGCGCUUGCGUCGCUUGCGCUCGGUGACUGCGAUGAUGAUAUCUUUGAUCGGAAAACUAGUCUUGCUGGUGUAGACAAAGACCACAGAGAUGACUCAAGCACAAAAACUAAACAAGCGUGGGAAUGGGAUCUUCUACCCCCGCUGCCGGAGUUCGAGCCGAUUGAUCUUGACAAUGCUGCUAACAAAGACUCGACUGAGGUGGAGCUUACACACAGAAGCAAUAUCAGCAGAGUCAGCAGCAAAAGCACGCUACCCACACCACCGAUAGCAUACCACGAGGACGCGGAAAACAUCACCCCGCGUACGGCAACAAGAACAAAAGCACUGACAGUUCGUCGGCAGCUAAACACAAACUUUGCUCCAGUAAGGGAGGAUUAUAACUCGACAUAUGGUCAGAUGAGAUUGCAGGAGCAGACAGCGGAUCAGACAGAAUACAGAAGUUUACUGGCUGACGGGGCAUUGCUCUUGCAGUCUUCGGAUCUGAGUACCUCGGUGCUGAAUAACUGGUACGAGGUCACAGCAGAAUUGAACCGCCGACUUGGAAGUGAUGAGGAACCGCUUCUGCAUCCCUUACGGGAAAAUACGGCAACGCCGGCGUCAGCAUGGACAAUCGAUAGCGAGGAGUUCGAGGAUGCUGGAGAAGGACUGACAGAGGAUGAAGACUUUGUACAGUUCUGGCUCGAUAACCGUUUAAAUGAGGAGGGGCGGGAACCGGAUACUCUCACUCCGCUUGCCAGUUCCUCUUCCGAAGACACCUUCUCCAAACGACGACUGAACCGGUCUAGUGGCACUAAAGAAACAUCCAUCGUACCAGCUAUGUCAACUAUGACCGCCAAAAUGGCGAACCGGAGUCAGACGGCGUCUAGCGAUGGCAACGAUGACUCGGCACUCAGAAUCACUCUUGCCUCGGAUCCGGCGUCUACAACUGCGUUGGCACCAGCAUCGACAGUCAGACCUCAGUUGCGCCAUGUAACUCCCAUCCGAAACGGUGAUGAGAAUGACAGUGUCGAUGAAUGUGAUUCUUUGACCUUCUUUCCAACAGUUUCCAACGCUCCAGUUGACUAUGACCUUGAGUCUGCUCGGAGUCAUAGGAAGUGGUGGGGCCGACUGCCGACACGGACUCAAUAUAGAUCAAGAGUGCCAUUCACCAGCAAGCGAUCCCAUACAGCGAAAUCCACGCUCGGCAACGUAUCACCAAGCAAUCCCGGCAUGACAGCUCAUCAAGCUAAAACCAGCACUCGAAAGGUGCUUUCUAGUAGCGAAGAUUAUCGCAGAAGAUAUGCGGCCACUAGGGCGAGGAUACGGGCAGAGCGCGACGAGCGUAGGAAUCAAUCAAGAUUUGCGAGCUUGCUCCGGCGUAUGAGCUUGAGGACCAACUAAGGGUAGCUCUUCCUGCUGGCUCUGAUAAUUUUAUUUGUCUGUAAACCGUUUUUUAAAACUAUUUCUUGCUAAUG